GUGCACUUGAAUUUGUUGGGGCAACUGGCUGCUCGCAUGGAUGAAAAUGAAAGAGACAAGUUGGGUAGGAGAAUGGGACGAAGGAGCUGAAGAUGUGCUCAUGAUGUCAAUACGUUGAUGCCAUGGACUCAGUUGAGCAGCACUUUUAUUCACUCACCUGCUACAAUCUUUGGUCAAUUCUCUGAAGUCGUCUCUCUCUCUCUCUCUGUCGUUCUCCAGCUCCCUUCUCAAAAGGCACUGAAUUCAACUGCGCAUGAAGGCAACAUCUCUCCUCUCUUCACCGUAUGGGAACCCUCUCCUUCCCAAUUGCGUCCUCAAAAUCCCGACUCUCAUCGACUCCGAACCACCCAAUUGCAUUUUCCAACCCUUUUCUUCAAUCAUCUUUCUCUUCUUCUCCAUUUCGCCCUCCUAAUUUUCCCAUUCUCCAUCUACGGCGGCGCGUUCUCUGUUCCGCUGCCGUAACUGGUCGUUCGAAUCACGAUGACCACCAACAUGUUCAUGAUCACCACCACCACCACCAUCGCCAUGCUCACCACCAUUGUGAUCAUGAUGUGGAGCUGUCUGGGCCUCAGAAAGCGGUGAUUGGAUUUGCUAAAGCCAUUAGGUUGACGGACUUGGCUAACUAUCUGAGGGAACACUUGCAAUUAUGUUGCUGCUCUAUGGCUUUGUUUGUAGCUGCUGCUGUUUGCCCUUAUUUUGUGCCGAAGCCCAUUGUGAAGCCUUUGCAAAAUGCUUUCAUUGUCAUUGCUUUUCCUUUAGUCGGGGUCUCCUCAUCCCUUGAUGCUUUAACUGAUAUUAGUGGUGGAAAAGUAAACAUCCAUGUACUUAUGGCCCUUGCAGCGUUUGCUUCCAUCUUUAUGGGGAACGCCUUGGAAGGAGGACUACUACUUGCCAUGUUUAAUUUGUCUCACAUUGCGGAAGAACAUUUUACAAGUCGUGCGAUGAUUGAUGUCAAGGAGUUGAAGGAAAACUAUCCAGACUCUGCCCUUGUUUUAGAUACAAAUGAUGGUAAACUUCCAAAUAGUACAGAUUUGUCCUACCAAAAGGUGCCUGUCCAUGAUGUACAAGUUGACUCCUAUAUAUUGGUUGGAGCUGGUGAGUUUGUGCCUGUAGAUUGUGAAGUUUUCCAAGGUAGUGCGACAGUCACCAUUGAGCACCUAACCGGUGAAAUCAAACCAUUAGAGAUUACUGUUGGAAGCAGAGUUCCUGGUGGUGCAAGAAACUUGGAUGGGAGGAUAAUCGUGAAGGCAACAAAGACCUGGAAAGAGUCAACUCUGAGUCGUAUAGUGAACUUGACUGAAGAGGCACAACUGAAUAAACCAAGACUUCAAAGGUGGCUUGAUGAAUUUGGCGAGCAUUAUAGCAAAGCAGUUGUAGUAUUGGCCAUUGCUAUUGCCCUCGUUGGUCCAGUAUUAUUCAAGUGGCCAUUUAUUGGUACUUCAGCUUGUAGAGGAUCGGUUUACAGAGCUCUAGGCCUCAUGGUGGCAGCAUCACCUUGUGCUUUGGCAGUUGCACCGUUGGCUUAUGCUAUUGCAAUUAGUUCCUGUGCAAGAAAGGGGAUAUUGUUGAAAGGUGGACGUGUAUUAGAUGCUUUAGCUUCUUGUCACACUAUAGCAUUCGAUAAAACUGGGACAUUGACUACUGGGGGCCUUAUUUUCAAAGCAAUUGAACCAAUUUAUGGACAUGAGGUUGGAGAAAACAAAUCAGAAUUUGGUUCCUGUUGCAAUCCCUGCUGUGAAGAAGAAGCUCUUGCUGUAGCAGCUGCAAUGGAGAAGGGUACUACUCACCCCAUUGGGAGAGCUGUGGUCGACCAUAGUAUGGGAAAAGACCUCCCUUCCUUUUCUGUCCAAAAUUUGGAAUAUUUUCCGGGUAGAGGACUCAUUGCAACUCUUCAUGGUUCUGAGUCAGGAACUGAAGGUCGGAAACGAUUGAAAGCAUCUCUUGGUUCUUUAGAUUUCAUCACUUCAUGCUACCAAUCAGAAUCCAAAUCAAGAGAGAUCAAAGAAGCUGCGAACACAUCUUCAUAUGGAAGUGAGUUUGUUCAUGCUGCUCUUGCAGUGGAUGGGAAGGUAACACUUAUUCAUCUAGAGGAUCGACCUCAUCCUGGAGUUUCGAGUGUAAUAGCAGAAUUAACAGAUAGAGCAAAACUUCAUGUAAUGAUGUUGACUGGAGAUCAUGAGUCAAGUGCACGAAGAGUGGCAAAUGCAGUGGGCAUCAAGGAAGUCCACUUCAGUCUAAAACCUGAAGAUAAGCUUAGUCACGUGAAAAGUAUCUCUAGGGAGAAUGGAGGACUAAUUAUGGUUGGUGAAGGCAUUAAUGAUGCACCAGCCCUUGCUGCUGCUACCGUAGGCAUAGUGCUUGCUCAACGUGCUAGUGCAACUGCUAUAGCUGUGGCUGAUGUUCUGUUGCUGUGGGAUAACAUAUCUGGUGUACCCUUCUGUAUUGCCAAGUCUCGCCAGACGACUGCCCUAGUUAAACAGAAUGCUAGUCUUGCCUUGUUUUCUAUAUUUGUGGCCUCUCUUCCUGCAGUUUUAGGGUUUCUUCCCUUGUGGUUAACGGUACUUCUGCAUGAAGGUGGUACUCUUCUCGUUUGCCUCAAUUCCAUACGCGCUUUGAAUAAUCCUAGUUGGUCCUGGAAGCAGGACUUGAAGCAAUUGCUAAUGGAGCUGAAAUUUAAGGGCUCGCAGCCAAGGCUUAAUACCAGCUCUACCACUGUACAAUCUUCCCCUGUAUAGGUUUGCUCUACCACUCUACAAGCUUCCCGUUUAUAGCUCUCUCUCUCUCACACACAAUAAGCUACGUUUAAGCUGUAAAAUAUCUGAGCAUGCUCAUAAUGAAUUGUACUCUUUUGAUUCUAUGGGUGAUGCCUCGGAAACUCCAUGUGUAUUUUAUUUUAUUCUAUCUAGAAGGCUAAAUUAUAGGCAACGUCUUUGAAUUUUGAUCAUAGUUUCAACAAUAUUUAUGAAGAUUCACUAAUACUCUUACCAUUCAAA